AAGCAUGAGCCGUCACAGGGCACCAUCAGGAGUCAGAACAGUGUUUACUGUGUUUCGGAGGUCAGCAUGGGAAAAUAAGGUUAUAAUACAAUACUAGAUAGCGUCUUGUUGGUUGCUAAUGCAUUCACUGUGUGCUGUUGUCUGUGUCGUCUGAACCGGAAGCAGUGAUUGGAUGUCGUCAUGGGAAGCAAAGUGAGUGGCAAGAUGGCAGCUGCCAGUCGGGUCGUGCAGGUUGUGCGACCUCAUGCACCUUUAAUUAAAUUUCCAGAUCGGAAGGGCAUCCCUAGGCCAAACGUACAAGAGGCACUGAAGGUGCUUGCAGCCAGUCUCCCACCGAUCUCCCCAUCCGCACCUCCACCUACAGCAUCAGUAUCACCUCCACCCAGACCACCGGGACCUGUCAGCCGUCUGCCCGGCACCCCUGACAGCAUAGAUGUAGUUCGAGAUCUCCCUCACAAAUACCGCAGAAGAACCCUUGCGUUAGAUGAAAUGGAGUACAUCCAGCGUGGAGGGCCAGAGUGACUGUUGACUGGUCCGGUUCAUUCAAUCAGAUUCUUUUGUCAAAAUCAGUUGCCUGAUAUUUUUUUCAGUAUAAGAGUUCAUGAUAUGUUAUACAGCAAACCAAACUGAUUAAAUUACAGAUUUAUUGUACAUACAUAUUAUUUGACAGCUGUAAAGCCUGUGCUUGGUUGAUCCAUUAUUUAGGUGCUCUGUAUUUACAUUAAAACGCGCACCUCUAAUGACCAUCAUAAAUGGAGUUUAUGAAUUUCCUCUUCCAUUGCAUUAUUUGUUCUAGAUUCAGAGAAAGGCACUAAUCUGAGUGCCAGGAUAUUCUACCAGUCUAAACAAAAUGGAUCACUAGAAGUAUUGUGAAACUGAACAAUUAAAAUAUUUAUACAAUUUUGGAAA